GCCGAAAAUCCAAACAGUAACCGACGCGAAAAUACUCAAUACAAAAUCGAACAAAAAAUUUACAAGUACUUAUUAAAAAAUUCUUAUAUCCAAAAGAAACAUAACCGAAAAGAAUCGAUCCGAAUAGAUCCGCCUAAAUAAAAAUCGAUUCAUAACCGAUUUAAAAACAUGAAUAUCCAAAACUAUGAUUUUUAUGUUAUAUUUUCUAUAUUUUAUUUUAUGAUUUAGUUGAAAUAUGUUUUAUUAAAAAUCUAUAUUAUUACUUUUUAGCAUUUUCAAGUAAUAUAAAACUUUAAAUGUAAAAUUUAGAGUUUAAUAAUGUUUUAUUUUAAUUAUUAAUAACUUAUUUUAAGUUAUUUUGUAAAAUUUUAGAUAUAUACGAUGGAUUUCAAGUAAAUUUGAUGAAGUUUGGGUAUUUCAUGUCUAUUUUAAAUUUUAAAUAUUCGAAGCCGAUCCAGAAUCUCGAUAUGGAGCCGAAAAUUAACGGUAAUUUACAGGUAUUUUAUUUACAGACCCGGGCCUGUCUAAUAUCAUGAUUCAAAAAAGCCCAAUGCAGACGUUAGCUCAGUAAACGUAGAAAAGCCCAAACUGAGGAUGGUUCGUUAAGAGUUGCGGUAGAGGUCACGUGGGAAACAGUCGAAGCAGCAGUAGUACUACUACUAGUAGUUUGUCGCUAAAUCAUAUAAAUGGUGUGUGUUUGAGUGUUUUAAUGCGAAGAGUGUAACGAAACACACAACAAGUUAACAAAGACAACAACUCACACCUACCAAACACAAGACGAUGGCUUCGUUCCGCUUCCCUUUCUCGUUUUCUCAGCCUUCUGUCCCUAAACCACCGCGUUCCACGUCGUCAUCAUCCAGACUCUCCAUCUCCGCAGUCGCCGUGACCGUCACCUUCGGCGGAGCUGCGAUCGCUGCGUCGCGGAACCAGAGUGUCUUCUCCUCUCACCGUUCGUCUCCGUUACCGUGGGGAUCCAUAGCUCUAGCCGAUUCUAGCUCCGGAUCCGUUGUUGUUGAGCCGAAGACCGGUUUCUCGUUCCCGGCGACGAUCGGAGACUCCAUGAGAUUACUAGGCGUGGGGCUGAGGAGGAAGAGCGUGCUGGGAUUGAAGAACAUCGAUGUCUACGCAUUUGGCAUGUAUGCUGACUGUGAUGAUGUGAAGAAACUUAUUGGUGAAAAAUACGCGAAUCUUCCGGCGUCUGAGCUGAGGGGAAACAAGGCAUUCAUUGAUGAUCUCAUGGAGGCCGAUAUAAAGAUGACUAUAAGGCUGCAGAUUGUCUUCGGCAAACUCAGCAUCCGUUCCGUUCGCAGUGCUUUCAAAGAUUCUGUCGGUAACAGACUCAAGAAGUUUGGUGGCCUAGACAACGAUGAGUUGCUCCAAAGCUUCACUAGCCUCUUCAAAGAUGAGUAUAAAAUUCCAAGAAGUUCCACUAUUGAUAUGACACAAGAACCGGGGCAUGUACUCAACGUAGCAAUUGAGGGAAACCAAGUUGGGAGUGUGAAGAGCAAACUCUUGUGUAGGUCAAUCUUAGACUUGUACAUUGGUGAAGAACCGUUUGAUAAGAAUGCAAGAGACGAUUUUCUUAACAAUGUAGCUUCUAUAGCCGUUGACGACAAAGCAGCUCAUGAAAUUCAGAAGUAAAAGAUGAUAAAACAAACCAAGUGUGGUCUUUGUUAUCUUAUUUUUUUUUAUAAUAUAUACUGUUGAGGUAUUUUGAAUGAACAAAUUGCUACCUUGAAGGAUGGUUGGGUUUUGUUUAGUC